AUGGAGGGCGCUCAGGUUUUCAUCAAGCUUUUCAACGGCAGCACCGCCGUUAUCGACGUCAAUGGUCUCGAGACUGUCGCCGAAAUCAAGAGCAGGAUUGCCGAGCUUUACGGCUUGACCAACUGCUUCCAGUCCCUCUGGGCCGGAAUCGUCGAGGCCGAAGACGCCACACCCAUCGCUGAGCUCAUCGGUGAAGACAACACCAUCGACCUUGUGCAGCACAUCGACGUCUGCGGUGGUGGUAAGAAGCGCAAGAAGAAGCAGUACACCACCCCCAAGAAGAUCAAGCACAAGAAGAAGAAGGUCAAGCUCGCCGUGCUCAAGUACUACAAGGUCGAGGGCGACAAGGUCAUCAGGCUCCUCAAGGAGUGCCCCUCGAGUACCUGCGGACGCGGUGUGUUCAUGGCUGCCCACCACGACCGCUCUUACUGCGGAAGGUGUGGCGCUACCUACCUGAACGCCGCAGAGUAA